AUGCUAGCAUUAUCCCCUCCUAUGUUCUCAACCAUUGGGUGGCCCUUUGAGGAGCCCAUAAGCCACAGACAGAACUAUUUGUUCGAAGACACUACUCAAGCCUCAGAACUAUAUCACCAUCACUUGUCUUCAUUUUCGCCACAGGUAGAAACAUCUACUCCCUCACCUGCCAUAAGCUGCGAUCUUACCAUGGUCAAAAAGCUUAACCACAAUGCUAGUGAACGUGAUCGGCGCAAGAAGAUCAACGCCUUGUAUUCUUCACUUCGUUCACUUCUUCCGGUGGCAGAUCAAAUGAAGAAAUUGAGCAUUCCGGCAACAAUUUCGCGAGUCCUAAAAUACAUACCAGAGUUACAGCAGCAAGUGGAAGGACUAAAUAAGAAAAAAGAAGAAACUUUGUCGAAAAUUUCUCGUCAAGGUGAUGCUAUGGUCAGCAAAGAAUCCGGAAGGAAGAUUGCUAAUCACAACUCUGGUUUUGUGGUUUCGACAAGUAGGCUCAGUGAUAAUGAGGCUGCAAUUCAGAUUUCUUCUCGCAUGGUCAGCAAGAUUCCACUAUCUGAGAUCUUGCUGUGUUUAGAAAAUGAUGGCCUUUUACUGCUAAAUGUUUCUUCCUAUGAGACGUAUGGUGGAAGGGUCUUCUAUAACUUGCAUUUCCAGGUUAAUAAAUUUCAGAGAUUAGAAUCCGAGAUUCUAAGUGAGAAGCUUUUAUCUAUAAUUGGGAGCAAAAAUGGGAAUUUCCUAGUCAAACGAAAUUAG